AUCGUGCGGUACUCGUACCUCAACGUCCUCCUCGUCUUUGUCCCCGUCUCGUGGGCCUGCCACUUCAGCAACCAGACGCCGACUUUGACGUUCAUCAUGUCGUUCAUCGCCAUCGUUCCGCUCGCCGCCCUCUUGGGAUUCGCGACCGAGGACAUUGCGCUGCGCGUUGGCGAGACGAUUGGCGGCCUCCUCAACGCCACGUUCGGCAACGCCGUCGAGCUCAUCAUCGCCAUCCUCGCCCUCACGAAGGGCGAGCUCGACAUCGUCCAGAGCUCGAUGAUUGGGAGCAUCCUGUCCAACUGCCUGCUCGUCCUCGGCAUGUGCUUCGUCGCCGGCGGCCUUCGCAUGCACGAGAUGUCGUACAGCAUCCGAGCCGCGCAGGUCAACCUCAACCUUCUCGGUCUCGCCGUCACGGCCAUCGUCAUCCCGGUCGCGUUCCACGUCUUUGUCGACGACGACGCCAACGAGCCGCUCAGCGUCACCGACAACAAGGUGGUCCAGAUCUCGCACGGCGUCGCCAUCAUCCUCAUCUUCGUCUAUUGCGCCAUGCUCGUCUUCCAGCUGUGGACGCACGCCUACAUGUACUCGGCGGGCAAGCCUGGCGACUCGAACACGCCCGGCGGCGCCGCUCAGCUCGCUCGCGAGCGACAGCUCGCCAUCCCGGCCGGUGAGCCGCAGCCGCCGACGUCGGGCGGCGUGUUCCGCAUCGGCUCGUUGCCCUCCCUGCCGAGCUGGGGAGGCUCGUCCGACGACGGCUCGUCGAGCUCGAGCUCGUCGUCGUCGUCGAGCGCCUCGUCCGAGGACUCGCUCGACGAGCACACGCCAAAAAUGCUCGCCCGCGUCGCCAUCCUCCUUCUCGUCGUCGUCACCGUCAUCACGGGCGUCACGGCAGAAUGGCUCGUGAGCUCGAUCGAGGGCCUCGUCGCGUCGGGCGGCGUGUCGGAGCAGUUUGUGUCUCUGAUCCUGUUGCCGCUCGUCGGCAAUGCGGCCGAGCACGUCACGGCGGUCACGGUCGCCGCCAAGGACAAGCUCGACCUGUCUAUCGCCGUCGCAGUCGGCUCCUCCAUCCAGAUCGCCCUCUUCGUCAUCCCGGUCCUCAUCCUUCUCGGCUGGUGCAUCGGGCAGCCUCUCACCUUUUACUUUGACGAGUUCGAGACCGUCAUCCUCUUUGUCAGUGUCGUCGCCGUCAACUGGGCGAUCUCAGACGGGCGCACAAACUGGCUCGAAGGCCUCAUCCUCUGCGUCAUCUACAUCAUCAUUGCCCUGACGAUCUGGUACUACGAGCCGACGAGCGCGUCGCUCGGGUGAGCACCGGCGCGUGCGUAAACGUCGUCGGCCGAGGAGGAGCCCGAGUUCCUCGAGCAGGUUCCCUCUCUCUCUGUCUCUCUCUCUCUCUCAUUCUUCCGAGUGCACCUGUACUUCACGCAUUCUCUCUUGU